AUGGCGAGCGGCGACGCCGCGCCCGCGGGCUCGGGCUCCGGCUCCGGCUCGGGCACGGUGCUGCCCAGCCGCCUCCAGGAGACCGAGAAGCUGCUGGCCGCCACCGAGGGCCGGGAGGGCCUCCGGGGCUCCAAAUCCUUCACGGCCGCGUUGGCCGGCGAGGUGGAGCGCAACGGGCACGGGCUCUCCUACAAGUCGGUGUCGGUCGGGCACCUGGAGGCGGCUCCGCUGUCGCCGUCCCGGCUCAGCCUGGGCAGAGCCUCCUCCACCGCCACCAGCACGGCGGCUGCCGACCAGGGCCGCCCGCGGGACUACCUGGUGCUCGCCAUCUUCUCCUGCUUCUGCCCCGUUUGGCCCAUCAACGUGGUGGCCCUCGUCUUCUCCAUCAUGUCGCGGAACAGCGGGCAGCAGGGGGAUGUGGAUGGAGCCCGGCGCCUGGGCCGCAUGGCCCGCCUGCUCAGCAUCGUCUCCAUCGUGCUGGGGACCAUCAUCAUCGUGCUCUACGUCUCGCUCAGCGUUCGAGCCUUGCAACAAAAACUUGUGACAGCGGAGCCCAUCUGGAGGAACGUGCGUGGCUGCUCCACCGCCUUCUGGGGACAAGAGGGGAUGGACACACGGCAAGGGGACGAGGGACAAGAACUGGAUGGUGGGGAGACCACGCUGGGGGAUGGACAGGAGGAGGAGGAGGAGGGAGAUUCCAGACUGAAGCUUGUUUGA